CCGUAAAUGAGUCACGAGUAAGAAAUAUUGAAGUGCCAAAUGACCCCGGAAAAGAUCACACGUGCUCGGAUACGCCGCCGCAUGGCUUUCCCCACAGUCUGUAAAUGUGGGUCCCACCCGAGAAUUUUGUCUACACGCUAUACACAACCCACCAGUACACCUACAUAGGUACUCUGCUUAGCUGCUCGCUGGUUAUAUACAUUUCAUCCAACGGCUUCCUGAUUCCUGCCUUCGAUAUUAAUCUGCGCAACAUGGCAAGCGAGUCUUCGAAUGCUGCAGCCGGUAGUGGUGGCGCCUCCCCGCUGUCAUCGCGUGUACCGGGCCGAGAUGCGGAAAAUCUAGACAACGACUCCACUGAACAAUCCCCAGAUACGUUACGACAGCGGUUGAAGAGGUUCUACGACAGGAAUUUUGGUCUUGUGCUGGUCUUUUUUGCGCAAACAUGUGGAUCCAUUAUGAACACGGCAGCGAAGCUGUUAACAACAGGAUAUGAAGAAAAGUUUCAUGCAUUGCAGAUUAUCUUCGUUCGCAUGUUUUGUACUACCGUCCUGGGUUGUCUGUACAUGUGGUGGAACAAAACUCCCGAUUUUCCUUUGGGACAGAAAGGCAUUCGAAGGCUUCUGGUUCUACGAGGCGCAGCUGGGUUUGUUGGGCUGUUUGGCCUUUACUACUCGUUAUCAUGGCUGGAGUUUUCCGAUGCGACUGUGAUUACCUUCCUGAUUCCAACCAUGACUGCCAUCGUAUGCUUCAUUUGGCUGCGUGAACCAUAUACCAUCAAGGAAGCCCUCGCAGGUUUACUGGCCUUCUGUGGCGUACUCUUUGUCGCCCGUCCACCCUGGCUCUUACUUUCUCCUAAUACACCCAAAAGCCCAGUCUCUGAGAAGCCGCACGCAGAGACGUUUGUGAGCGACGUGUUGACAUACGUUUCCAGUGCACCAGGACUGGCGCCAACUAUCCCAGUUUCGUCGAGUCAACGAAUGCUUGCCAUCGCGAUCGCUGUGCUAGGCACGUGUGGAGCUUCUCUUGCAUACGCAACGAUCCGCGUUAUCGGGAAACGUGCGCAUUCACUCAUUUCGGUCAACUAUUUUGCGGCCCUUUGCACAGUCGGUUCGGCGCUCAUCAUCUUGAUUCAUCCCGAUCUCCACUUUGUCAUUCCUCGAGAGGCGAGCCAGUGGGGGUUGAUUCUCAUCAUUGGAUUCGCGGGAUUUGCACUGCAGUUCCUGCUCACGGAGGGGCUGCAAAGGGAGAAGGGGGGGCGAGCAACCAAUCUGACCUACCUGCAGUUGGUGUUUGCAUUGAUCAUAGAGCGUGUGAUUUGGGGAACAACACCACCCGUUCAAAGUCUUGUCGGCGCAGUACUGAUUAUCGGAGCUGCAGUCUGGGUGAGCCUUCAGAAAAACGCGCCCGUCGAGAAACAGAAAAAGAGGGUCGUCGAUGAAGAGUCUAGCCUGUUGGGCGACAGUGUCCGGGUACGAGACCAAUAA